UCAGCACACACAUCAGUUCACAAUUUGUAAAAGCAGAAAGCAGCGAGUUCGUCACAGCAAUCCGCGAAAAAUUGCGAGUUAAAUUAGGACAAAGGUUUUGCUCCGUUUCAUCAGUGCGCGACGCGUUCCGAGCUAGACUCGAAGUGUACUUUUUCGUUAUAAAAAGUGUGAUUUCACGAAAGCUGAACGAGAAAACUGCAGUGAAAUUGUUUUCCGAACUUUUUUCUCCCUGCCCCAUUUCGAAGGUUCCCCACGAGUUGAACUAUACCGUUUCCUUCUCCGAAUAAGGGACGAAUUUCGGACGUCAAAAUGGCAACGGAAGACCAAAACAAUGAGCCACAACCAGCAGCAGCAGAGCAACCUCCAGCGGAAGACAAACCUAAAGAAGUUACCAAGCGAUCAAUCCGUCUCGAAACAUGGCAGAAGAUAAAGGACCAAAAGCUAACGCCUCUGCGUCGGUUCUCUGUGUUCAACAAGAUUCCGAACUAUAUCGGAGCAGAAAAAGCAGCCGAAUUGCUAGCCGAGACCGAGGAGUUCAAAAAAGCCAAUUCCAUCAAGGUUAACAUCGAUUUGGCCCAAGAGCCCGUCAAGCUUGAAGUCGUCAAGGCCAAAAAGACCUUGUUCGUUCCACCGGCACAGAAAUCAUCAAAUGUGUACGCCAAAAUCAAGAACUGCAAUCCGGACGAGCAGGAUCUGGCGACGCAGAAGAAGAUAAUCAAACUGCAAGGCGAGGAGGACACGUUCCAGGAGAUCGACAUGCAUGGAAUUGAGAAGCUGGAUAUGGUCGUGGUUGGCUCGUGUGCCGUCUCGCGACAAGGCCACCGCAUCGGCAAGGGUAAUGGUUAUGUCGAUCUGGACAUCGGUAUCCUGACCCACUUGGGAGUGAUCACCAAGGAUACACUGAUUGUGACCACCGUACACGAUGUGCAAGUGUACGACACACUGCCGGAGAAUCUUUUCCAGACCUAUGACCUGUCGCUUGACUUGAUUGUCACGCCGACCGAGGUUAUCCGCGUGAGCAAGCGGCUGCCGCGUCCGGCUGGCAUCGAGUGGAAGCUACUGUCUUCGAGACGGCUGGAAAUCGUUCCGGUGCUGAAGUGCAUCAAGGAGUUUGAAGAGAAGUCCGGCAAGGAAAUCGAAUUGAAAGCCGAAGACACUGAUGUUGAGAGUUACCAACAGAAGUCCCGUCAGAACAAGCGUUCGUUCCGACGUAAUCAGUCAGGACAACGACGUCGCCGACGAUCAGACCGGAGAACGAGCGAGAAGCAGCAUAACGGAGAUGCUGACAGUCAUGACGAGGGAGGUGAGAAGACCGACGGGGAGGCAGCAGAAGGUGGCAAGCCAGGUGGCGGCCGGCCACAGCGAAAGAACCGUUACCGCAGGAAUACUCGUAGGUCCACCAAUAAUACGGGUGAAUCCGCUGCGGAGAAAUCCGAGGGCGAAGAAAAGGCUGGUGGUGAGAAAGAUGCUGGAGAUGGUGACGGCAAGAAGGGUGGCCGAGAUCGCCGUCGCCGGGAGAGAAAUCCCAAAAACGAUAAGAAGGGUGGACGAGUGGAACGUGAUUUGUGCAUUCGUGUUACGAACAUUGCUCGUUCGAUGCGAAUCAAAGAGCUCAAGCAAGAGUUGCGAACACGUGAUUGCAAUCCGAACUUUAUCACCUGGAAUGGUUACCACGGAAAAUGCUAUCUGCAUUUCCCCAAGAAGCCAGAUCAGUCGGAUGACGAUGCUGGUGCAGAACUACUUAAGCAGCUAGAGGAUCUGACCCUAACUGUGACCCCGCGCGAGAAGGAAGGUGGUGGCGAACCCAAGCAGAUCACACUGAAGUGUGAGAUUAUGAAGCGGAAAGAGGGCGGCGGUGGAGAUGCGCAAACGGCCACCAAUGGUACCGUAUUGGAGGGAAGUCGAAUCGAAACGACCGACGUGACUGCUGUCUAAUGGACAUCAGGAACCUCCUCUACCAAAAACCAAGAAGUGAAGCGCGUACAGAGUGCAAAAUAUCGGAGAGAACCGACUCUUGGAGCUGCGUCCCCAAAGCGGUAUUCGUCGUAGCCAACGUUAUCCAAUCUCUUUGUCGUCCAGCCCCCCUAACAGAAUUAAAUGUUUUCAAGAUGAAUGAUUAUUGGAAGGAGAAAAUCUGCUACUGCCACCGCUUUUUGCCUUGUGGGAAGCGAUCGCUUACGAUUGAGUUCUUAUCCAGUUUAGAGAAAUAACGGUGUACUACCGUUGCUGCACUUUCCUGCCUUUCCGGGUCCCCCUUCGUUCUUUUCCAGUAGCGGGGGGAGUCGGAAGUUGCGCCGCAGGAAACAACGCAGAUAUGCGUCGAGUUACAGACAGAUGCUCUUCCGUUUCCUCCACCAAACACAACGCACGCUCGCCGUGAAGCCUUUGCUGGACUUUUGCUUUACAAAUGGCGAAGUGUUUUUUUACCUGAUGUUGGAGGAGAAGAUGCAACACUUAUAUGUUGUUAAAUUAUUAUUAUUUUUGUUACUAACGCUUUAAGAGACAAGAGAUUAUUUACCUUUAACGAUGUGAAUUGAUAGAAGCCUUCACCUUCCAAUAUGACUCAAAUGACGUGAAGAAUUUCCAUUAGUUCGUGUGACAAUUGUGCGUAGGAGGAAAGCGAAAGCCAAUUGGUACGUCGAAAAUCCGAUUUUUGCCUUUCUAAGCGACAGAACGAUUAUGCAGAACACAAAACGAUCGUAAAAUUGAAAACGAAUGUAUGUGCGUAAGAAGUGAAUUACUAUGGGAAACAAAACCAAUGACGAAGAAACAAUGGAAAAACAAGCAAUUCUUUUUCCUGCUUAGGACGAAAAACAAGUUGAAAACAUAUAUUUGAAUUAUGUAAUAGUGGAAACAACACAAACGAAAAUGUAUUCUGUACUGUUAACACAAAUGGACAAAUUUGAAAGGGAUUAACAAUUGAAGUAAUAUAAUAAGAAUCGCUGCUAAAAGAAACUGGAAAAUAAAAUCUAGAAUGUAGAUGAGAAUCGAAGCAAUGAAAUCAACAUUUUGUAAGUCGUAAUAUGUAUGCAAAACACUACAUGAAGAUGGUGAAUAAAACCAAUCGAUUAUACAUAUUUAAAGACGCAAAACAGAGAGGGAAAGUUUUAGAUGUGUAUGCCUAUUUAUAUAAUAUUCAUUUAUGAUGUUGAUGGAAAAAGGAAUUUUCUUCUUUGCUUCUAAAUAUUAUGAAUAGAAAUAUCGUUGAUUCGCGAACGACAGAGAAAGCGUGCAAUGGUAUCGUGUUUUAUGUACUCAGAAAUUUUCAUUCUGGCGUUUGACCAAGGUAGUUCAUAAUUUGUAAUCAAACCCAACCGGCGAAAUUUGAUUAAUAUCCCCAUAAAGAUAGAUUUGUUAAAGGAAAAUUACACGCGCGCGCAUGUCCUUGAAGUUUAGAUGUAGAUUGUGAGCCAAACGUGUAACUGAAUCAGUGCGAGACGCAGCCAGCAAAACUCUGAUCAGAUGGAGAUGAAUUUUUCGAGCACAGAAUAAAACAUGAAUGCUUACCUUUAAUGCAGUGAAUCAACUUGUUAAUACGAGGAAAAAAGAGGCGAUUUAACAUUGAGGAAGUUAAUGUCAACCAGUAAGGGUAAAUUCUAAUAAUUAUAGUUUAUGGUUGAAAAUUAAGUGAGGAAACGGGCUGAUUGAUUCAACAUUGGACAAAUAUUUAGAGGAAUAGAUGAUUUAAGGUAAAUAGUCACGUAAGAUGUUGCAUCCGAAGACAAAAUGUCCUGCGAUUUGCAGAUGGAUGACAUCUUAUUGGCAUGUACGUGGAAAACUAAUCGAUUUAAUACGCGUCAUCUAUUCCAAUCAAGCUCGUCAAUCCUUAGGUUCUAGGAUUAAGAUAACGGAGUCGAUCUGAAGGCCUGGUAAGAUUGAGCAAAAGUUCACCAUUAUUUGAAGAAUAUUCCACAUAUUCUAAAUAGCAUACACAAAGUUUAAUAAGAAAACUGCUCAAUCUUCUGGAUCAUGCAUAAAUAAACAAGAUCGACUCCACGCAUCCAUUUUACCUAUCAAUUAAUUCACCUUAACAUUAAAAGCAGCCGCAUUAAAUGUUUUUAUCGUCCCCCAUUAGCAAAAAAGUAAAAUUGGGAUCAUAAAAACAUGCUUAUUGUUGUUGAGCAAUCCGUUUGACUAACAUUUCGAAUGCUACACAUGAAUAUCUUCUUUUGUAGUUUUUGGAAAAUUUUGUUGCACUAAAACGUCGAUGGCAAAAACAAAUUCAACGCAAUAACGGCUUAGUCAUGCUAUCAACAGUUACUCUUCAGACACUUUGAUAUUAUAAACAGAACAGAAACGCUAACUAACGGUUUUCUUCAUAACAAGAUUAUAAGGUAACUCAGUAAGAGAAAAUUCAGCUAAGGAUACAACGACGACGACAACCUAUGAAAGGUCAUCAGAGUGUAAACGUUUGUAGAAUUAUUGCGCUAAGCACUCACACUCACAUACACAAAUAGAACACAAAUAAAUGCAUGGUGUUGAAACAAGCAAAGGAAAUACACAAGAAAUAACGGAUAAAGUGUAGGUUUUAAGACUUAUUUACAACACAAAGCAAAGUAUAAAGCAACAGGACAAAUCGGAAAGACAUUCUCUUCACGCAGCUAAAGAUAGUUGAAGUCGAAAUUUCGUAAUUGCGCUGAAAAAUGUCUUUCCGAGAUGACCCGUGUAAGCAUAAGAUGAUGUAUUGGAUGUUAGCAUUUUCUUUUAACAAAAAUACAAACAAAAUUGAUUUCAUACAUAGUUAUAAUACAGCCUGGAUUCACCAAGUACUUGAAAAAAAGAUUAUUUUUUGCUGAUUAGAUGAAGCGCAAUACAAUAUACGGUUUUUGUUACACUUCUCGUAAUCCUUGAUCGCAAUGAAGCAGAGGAACGUUGAAUAAUAUUUUUUAUCUAAUACAAAAGAACAUGCAUCCAUUUAGUAUCUAGAGACAUAAUUUGGUACAAGCGCAAACCACGCGAAUAGUUCAGAAGCCGCCACCGUGCAAGAAGAAAAUACACAAAUGAAUAUUAUUUUGUGAACAAGAAAAAUUAGGCCGUAAAAGAUGAUUCGAAGAGAGAGAUAGAUGAACGAGGGACGCGAUGUUGACUUGAAUUUCACACAAAUUCCGGUUUGAUAGCAACAACUUCUUUCAACGCUGUUUAUUCCGCUGAAAAAGAAACAAACUGUGCAGACAGGAAAAAGAAUUAAAAACUAUUGAAGUAAUUUUCCAAAAUCCCGAAAGAACGAAGAAACCAGCUAGUAGAGCAGCACAUUCACGAUGAUGAACGUCAUGUUGACCAUCUACGACAAAACAAGCGAGGAUAUGGAGAAGAUGGAAGAAAUUCGAACGAGAAUAUUGGAGGCCCGUGGAAGAAAGUGAGACAAAACGAUAAAAUAAAACGAAGACGAAACUCACAUGAAAACAAGAACAAACAAUAAAACAACAACACAAAUAAAACAAAAAACGCCCAGGGAUUAAACAUAAAACGCAAGAAGCAACCAACACUCAAAACAAAAACCUCUAUUAUGCAAUGACGUAGAAGAAGUGUUUAAACAUAAGCGAACAGACAACAAAACCGGCAAGCGAAACAAAAAUUCAGAAGAAACGACAGUUGAAAAGUUAUAAAGAUUCAAACCAAAUCAUCAUUUGUAAGAACUUGAACAAUAACAACUUUUUUGAAUAAAAUAUUUUACGCCUA